AUGGAGGAACAAAUUCCAGAGAGAGCAUUCCUAGUCCUGGAGAAGUAUGAUGGAGCAGGUGAUCCGGAGGAGCACUUGAGGUCCUUCGUUGACGCUAUGACCACCUACUCCCCCAAUGAAAAUGUGUGGUACAAAGUUUUUUCCUUAUCGAUAAAGGGAGAAGCAUUAGCAUGGUUCCAUUCACUUAGACCCUUAACCAUCAACGAUUUUGCUACCUUGAGGGACAUGUUUGAACGACAGUUCUCUACUAGUAAAGCUCGAAAUUUGACGUACCUGGAGUUGACGAACAUUAAGCAACAGAAGGGAGAAAGCCUUAGAGAUUUCAUGGAUUGGUUCAAUAAGACCGCUCGACAAGUAAGGGGAGUAGGCAAGAAGUUUACAAUUAGCACUCUGGCCACCGCGUUGAGGCCUUCCCCUUUCACCGAUAAUCUGUUUGUAGAACCCCCAUUAACCCAUGAUGAGUUGCAAGAAAGAGCAGCAAGGUUCAUCAGAAUAGAGGAGAUGAGGGCUGUUAAGAGGCGACAACAGGAGCAGAGCUCAACUUCAGGGCAAGAAAAGAAGGAAGGGAAGAAGUCGUUCGUGCUUGGCGAACAGCCAAAAGGCCAGAAAUACAGAGAUGGUCCAAAAGGGGCUAGAUUUGAAAAGUAUACCCCGUUAAACAUGCCAAGGGCUAGAGUCUUGCAAGAGGUCUUUUUUGGGCCUCUGCUCGAAUCAUUGCAACCUCUCUCCUUUCAUCUAAGGUGUCUAACUCCACUCGGAGUUCAUCAUUGUUAUGCUGCAAACUUUGAAUCCCUCGUCUGA